AUGCUUAUCUCGCCGGAAGUCACUCUUGACCAAUAUGCCGUCUCUCUUCGGAGUGGAUUUCUUCCUACUGUCCCUCCUUUGCAGCUAUUAGAUGACCCUUACUACUGGCCUUGGGAGGACAUAGUCCUUGACCUACCAAAUCAUAUUGAGUCCAGGACUAUCCGGCAAGCUGUCGAUGCACUCCCCGUCCUUUCCACCUCCCGACUCCGUGACGAGCCAGAAUGGAGGCGAGCGUAUAUGUUGCUUGCCUUCCUCACCCAUGCCUACAUCUGGGGAGGAGAACGACCCGAGGAUGUAUGUCCUCUUAUUCAUUUACUUGCCACUUCAUCUAAUAUCUUCCAGAUCUUACCACCCGCAAUAUCAUGCCCCUUCCUCGAAGUCUCCAACCACCUAGAGCUCCCACCUUGCGCUACCUACGCCGCCCUCAACCUGUGGAACUUUGGCAUUAAAGACCACGCUACAGAUAUUACCGACCCUGACAACCUCUACACCACCUCGUCCUUUACCGGCACCAAAGAUGAAGAAUGGUUCUUCAUGAUCUCCGUCGCCCUCGAAGCAAAAGGCGCAACACUCAUACCGUUAAUCCUCGAAGCCAUCCACGCCGUUAGCAUCGAUGAGAGCCAACGCCUAUGCGACCUUCUUGAUCAAUUCACCAAGGGUCUAUCCGAGCUUCGCGACUUGCUAGAACGCAUGUACGAGAAGUGCUCCCCGGCCGUCUUCUUCCACCAACUCCGUCCUCUCCUCGCAGGGAGUAAGAACAUGGCCUCGGCGGGCCUCCCAAACGGCGUCUUCUACGAUGAAGGCAACGGCCAGGGCGAGUGGCACCAGUACAGUGGCGGGAGCAACGCGCAGAGCUCGCUGAUCCAAACCUUCGACAUCUUCCUGGGCGUGGAACACACCGCCACGGGGGAUAUGAAAUCCAGCGGUGUAACAGGACCCGCAGCGAAGACGGGAUUCAUGCAGGAAAUGCGCAACUACAUGCCGGGCCCCCAUCACCGCUUCCUGAACCUCCUCUCCCAAAUCAGCAACGUCCGCAGCUACGCUAUGAGCCACAAGGCCGACUCUGCGGUCCGCGACGCUUACAACACAGCCGUGAUGUCGCUCGGUCGGUUCCGUGACUCUCACGUGCAAAUGGUAACGCGUUAUAUCAUCCUCGCGGCGAAGACGAAACACCCGAACACGAAGCCGACAUCCGCGCAGGUCAACCUAGCCACGACCACCUCGACCCAGAUGAAAGAUCUGAAUGAGAAAGUCACGGGUGGGCUGCAUGGAACCGGAGGGACAGACCUGAUUCCUUUUUUAAAGAAGACGAGAGAUACGACAAAGGCAGCGGCGAGCUAUGUUGAUUGA